CUCUCUCUCUCGCUCUAGCCUCUUCCUUCUUAUCGUUGACAUCUGAAACCAUUGAAAACCCUUUUCCUUCACCAAGGCCAUGGCUUAUCCUAGCUUCUCAAUCUCAUUCAAUUCUUAACGCUGAAACCAGCAUCAAACCCCCUCUUAAUCUUCCAGGAAAUGAACAGUACAGCUGCUUCUGGUGGGGUGUUGGGUUUAUCAAACGUUGGUGGAUUCACCUAUGGCAUUGGGGUCUCCAUAGGUAUCAUCCUCCUCAUCACCACCAUCACUCUCACCUCCUACUUCUGCACCCGAAACCCGUUUUCUGAAGCCGAAGCUCAACGAGACGACCCAGAGCCUACUGAUCAUCACUCCAUCACUGUUGAAGAAGGCUUUGAUGAGGCAACACUCCGUAGCUUCCCAAAGGUCUUCUACUCCCAAGCCAAGCUCCGCAAGGACACUACCGCUUCCUGCUGCUCUAUCUGCCUACAAGAUUACAAGGGAACUGAUAUGCUCCGGCUAUUACCUUAUUGUGGACACAUCUUUCAUGUCAAGUGUGUUGAUCCAUGGCUACGGCUGCACCCUACAUGUCCUGUAUGUCGAAAUUCUCCAGCUCCUACCCCGCUCUCGACUCCUCUUAUGGAGUUGGCCCCAUUGCCUAGUCGGCCUGGAUGAGAAAGUAUGUGUUCAUAGCCAAAGCUUUCUCUACAAACUGUAUACUGUUAAAUUUCCACUAAUUCAUCACAAAGCUCUCACCUUCUGGUAGAGCCCUCUGUGGUAACUUUUAUUUUAUCUACUUUC